AUGACCAGAAAAGUGGUGGUUGUGGCAGUCACUGCUGCAACGGUUGCAGCGGCUGUAUUCAUAGGUCGGUGGAUGCGGAGGAAGGAGCGGCGGCGGAAACAGACGCAGCGUAUUUUGAGGAAAUUCGCUAGAGAAUGCGCUACGCCGGUUUUGAAGCUAUGGACGGUGGCGGAUGCCAUGGUCGCUGACAUGACCGCCUCUCUCGCAGCCACAGCGAGUCGCGGUUCCCUCAACAUGCUAGUUUCAUUCGCCGGUUCCCUCCCUUCAGGGGAUGAGAAGGGAGUACAUUACGGAGUUAACUUGAGAGGCAAGGAACUACUACUGUUACGUGGAACUUUAGGAGGUAACGAAGAGCCUGUUUCCGAUGUACAUAAGCAGGAGGUUUCAAUCCCUGAGAAUGUUUUAAACGGUUCUUUCAAGGAGUUGUGCGAUUACAUAUCCUUAGAGCUAGUUAAAUUACUUGGGAUGAAUCCUGGCGAGGAAACAGAAGAAAUUAAGAAUCUAGGGUUUACGUUGACACGCUAUGUCGAGCAGAUUGGGUCAGGUUCAAUCUCAGCGAUACAGAGAAAGAGUUUAGCAGAUGAUGAUGAUGACAAGGUUUUGAAGGAGUUUGUGAAUGUUAUGAAUGAAUCAUUGGAGAGACACGGUCUGAAAAUUCGGAUGAAGAUGGCGCUGGUGGAUGAGACAAUAGGAGUGUUGGCUGGAGGAAGGUAUUAUCAUAAGGACACUGUGGCUGCUGUUACUUUAGGUAUGGGAACUAACGCUGUGUACAUCGAACAAGCUCAAGAGGUUUUGAGAUGGAAAUCACAGACACCAAACGAGUCACAAGAGAUUGUUAUUAGCACAGAGUGGGGUGAUUUCAGAUCUUGUCAUCUUCCUCUAACUGAAUUUGAUGCUGCUCUUGAUGCGGAAAGCUUGAAUCCUGGAAGCAGUGUAUUUGAGAAGAUGGUGUCUGGAGGAUACUUAGGGGAGAUAGUGAGACGAGUGUUGCUAAGAAUGUCUGAGGAAUCUGCUCUAUUUGGAGAUAUACUGCCUCCAAAACUCAAAACUCCUUACAUUUUAGGGUCGCCGGAUAUGGCUGCCAUGCAUCAAGAUAUAUCUGAAGACCGUGAGAUCGUAAACAAAAAGCUCAAGGAAAUUUUCGGGAUCAUGGAUUCAACUCUUGCGGCGAGAGAAAUGGUGGUUGAAGUGUGCGAUGUGGUGGCGGAAAGAGCGGCACGCGUGGCAGGAGCAGGAAUAGUUGGGAUGAUAAAGAAGCUGGGAAGGUUAGAGAAGAAGAUGAGCAUUGUGAUAGUUGAAGGAGGAUUGUAUGAUCAUUACAGGGUCUUUAGAAACUAUCUUCAUAGCAGUGUUUGGGAAAUGCUCGGCGACGAGUUUUCAGAUCAUGUCGUCAUUGAACAUUCUCACGGUGGAUCUGGUGCCGGAGCUCUUUUCUUUGCCGCUUGCUGUAACGCUAAAAUCUUGAUGUGA